CCCAUCAUUUCUCUCACCCCCUCCACUUCCUCAAAGCCUAAACCCCCAUCUCUCUCUCUCUCUUUCUCCAAUAAAUUCUCUCCCUCAUAUUGCCACUCUUUUUUCUCUGGAGAAAGAAAAAAAAAACAAAGCGUUACUACUGAAAAGUAUUUCAAACUGGCGAUCGACAACCAAGAUAUCACAAUCCGUGAAAUCAAGCCUAAGAACAGGCGUAUCAUGGGACCUGAUGAAGAUGACAAUAGGUGGCCUCUUUGGUUGAAGCCAUUACUAAGUGAACGAUUCUUUGGUCAAUGCAAAUUACACGCUGAUUCCCAUAAAAGUGAAUGUAAUAUGUACUGUCUUGACUGUAUUAAUGGCCCUCUUUGCUCUCUCUGUUUAGCCCAUCACAAAGACCAUCGUGUUAUUCAGAUAAGGAGGUCAUCGUACCAUGAUGUGAUAAGGGUUAAUGAAAUUCAGAAAUAUUUGGACAUUUCUUCAGUUCAGACAUACGUUAUCAACAGUGCUAAAGUUGUGUUCUUGAAUGAAAGGCCACAGCCUAGGCCAGGCAAAGGGGUGACUAAUACAUGUGAAGUCUGUGAAAGAAGUCUUCUUGAUUCCUUCAAAUUCUGCUCUCUCGGUUGCAAGAUUGUUGGGACCUCAAGUAAUUACGUGAAGAAGCCAAAGAAUUCGCCGGAGAAGAGGAGGACGCCGGCGACGGCAUCGGAAUCUGAAGAGUCUUACAGUAGUAGCAGCAGCAGCCAUGGCCGGAGAAACAAGAUUCAAAGUUUCACUCCGUCAACGCCACCUCCAACUUCUGCUAAUUACAGAAUGGCCAAACGCAGAAAGGGAAUUCCUCAUCGAUCCCCAAUGGGAGGACUAUACAUAGAUUAGUAUUUGCAUCGCAGUCCUUCAAUUUACAUCUAAAAUGCAUAUUGUCUAUACUAAUACAGCCUAGUUAUCAUAAUAAUGCAGCUCCUCAAAAACCCACCAAACACUAGUGCUUUCUCCAAAAUGGCCAGUGUUUGUGAGCUCUUUCAUCCAUAAGAGAUGUAUUGUAUAAAUUGGAGGGGUGGAAGUUGAAAUAAGAAAAUAUGAAAGGACUAAUAUAGUAAAGUUAGAAAGUGGGCUUAGAAAAUAAGCUACUACUACUAUAGUUUGAUGAACUAUUAGAUAGACUGGCUUUUUAGUUGUUUAUACCUAAGUUUUGAUUGUCUCUUUCAGCCUGUGUAAUCUAAAAUGUAAAUAUAUUGUAAAUGGUUGGAAUACUUAACAAAGUGUCGACAUCUGGAAUGAAGCUUUAGCA